AUGAAGAAGAAGUCAGAGCAUGAAGAUGCUAACGAUCAGCAUGAUCUUGAAAUCCUCAAGGCUGUGGCACAAGCAUGGCAUGGUCACUCGGGCAGCUCAAGGUCUACCAAUGAAUAUGAUGCAUAUCGCCAAAAUUUUCAAAGCAAGCCUUCUCGGUUCAAGCUAGAAGCAAUGAACAAGUUAUCAGCCAAGAGGGUUGAGAGUGCGAAUUGGGAUUUCAAGCGAUCACUGUGGGAUUCCUAUGAGAUUGUGAAUGUGUCCAAAAGGUUGGAGAGAGGGCUUGUUUUGGAUGGUCCAUUUAGUGGGGUAGAUGCUCAAAAAAGGGUCUAUAGGAGGAAAAGAGAGGGUAAGAACAGUCUUAGAAAUUUGUUUAAUAUGACGUCUAGGAGAUUCAAUGAGGAUGAAGUUCCUCGUGAAGAUAAGAAUCAAUUUUGA